AUGAACUCGGUGCCAAAACUAUCCAAGCGCCUUCCCAACCUGUCUACCACCACAAUCAAAACCGUAGGAGCCACGCCCCUCAUCACAAAAGCUCUCUCGCCUCGGACCUUCUCAGAUCCACCGAAACUCGCGCGAUAUCUCGGCAAGAAAGUUCUCGCCCACGCGCCCGGUCGAUUCGUUGUAAUCGAGAAGCCCUUCGGAAUCUCAUGUGUCGGACAAUUGCAACAAAACGGCGGUGUCUUUGGAAAUAGUGUUCGCGACGAGCGGAAAACUGAAAAGUGGGCGGGAACUAUUCGUGCGAGACCUGAUGAGGAGGUCGGUGUGACGAUAACGGAUAGUUUGAAGUUGUUGAGAAAGAUUCUCAACGAACCGAAUCUCAGUUUCUGUACAGGACUCAAAAGAUAUCUCAGUGGAGCGAUUGUUCUGCCGUGUAAUGAGAGGGAUGCGAAUAUUCUGAAAGAUUGUAUUCGCAGGAUGUCGGCUGAUGUCGAACCACCAUUUAUGUAUAAUGCAUUAGCGAUCACCCUGAAUUCACCACCGAAAUCAUCGGGAACCAUCACCGGUUUCUCGACAUUUCGAAAUGUGGGAAAACACGUGGAAUACAUUUUCGAAGAGCGAAAAGUGACAAAACGCGCGAAAACCGGCAAAUUCGCCGUCGAAGGACACAUGAGUUAUCGAGUUUUAGACACGCGAAACGGCAUUUCUUUAGUGGAUUUUUCAGUUAAUAAGUUCGCUCGCCAUCUCCCACGCCUAAUGCUCACCCAAAUGUUAUCUCCAAUUCUUGGAGACCGAAUUUACUGGCGACGGCUCAUGGAGCUCGACGGUGUGCCGGAAUUGGUUAGCGCCGGGAGCCGAGUGCCGAAAUAUACGCCAUUCAUUCCGAAAAUCCUCGCCGAGAGAUUCGCGAUGAGCAAUCAGGAGUUGUCGACCGCACUGCCCAUCUAUUGCCACGUGUACAACACAAUUUUCGAAGAUGUCGGAGGAUAUGAGGAGCAGGGACUGGUAGCCGCUGUCGAGCCACCUGCGCACUUCAUGGCCGCCCUGAAGCUACUCGAUCUCCUUCCCGCCUACAAGAAAUUCAAAAAUCAAACGGAAAAACCGUCGGAACACGUCACGUUGCUGGGUGGUAUAACAUCUGGAGACGCCUUUUUUUGA